AGCCCGAACCUGAGCCCGCACGGAGCCUCCAGGGCGCAGCCGCCGCCUCCCCGCGGGAGGCGCCGCGGGGCCGGGAAGCCCCUGCCAGAAAAUGUUGCUGCCCUGACCAGCAGUAAUGAAGAGAAGGGAGUGAAGCGAAUUUGUCUGGACAAGUGGGAAGUUUGAAAUUUUCAGCAGGAUUUAUUAGCAGUGGCUGCAGGAGGCUUUGCCAAGCCAACCAUUGACAUGAGAAUGGAUUCAGUGCCUCAGACUUAAGUGAGCUCGUCUGCUGUGCUUCAGCUUUGUUGUUUCCUGCUGUGUCCUGCUCCAGGAGCGAGCGCUGGCCGGGCUGCGAGUUCGGCAUCCCCAGCAUGAUCACUGCUCCGGGAAGCGUCGGCGCUGGGUGAGCAGAGCCCAUGGAGGAGACUCCUGCCAUGCACUGAGGAGCAGGGCUUCAGACACAGGGCUCUGGGAAAAUGUCUGCUUGCAACACUUUCACUGAGCACGUCUGGAAACCCGGUGAAUGUAAGAACUGCUUCAAGCCCAAGAGCUUGCACCAGUUGCCCCCGGUGUCGGAGAAGAAGCCGCUCUCUCAUGCCAACCUGAAAGCCAAUGCGAGCCAGAGCAGCGGGCAGCGCCCGGGCAGGGGCAGCGGCAGCUUCCGCCCGCCCGUGGCCAAGAAGCCGACGAUAGCGGUGAAACCCACCAUGAUGGUGGCAGAGGGGCUCUGCGGGGAGCUGGCCACGCUGGAGCAGUGCGAGAACAAACCCCUGCCCGUGGGCUGGAACCGCAACAAGGCGGUGCUGAGCAAAAAACCACUGAACAAUAACAAUGAGGAGGAGAUCGAAGGUUACAGCCAUGUUCCCAGGCCGUAUGGCAGCAGCGAGGGCGUGGGGAAGGUGCCCAAUAACAAUAAUAAUGGGCUGACAGAAGUUCUGAAGGAGAUUGCGGGUUUGGAUACCACACCUCAGCUCGCUGGGAAUGAAACAAACGCGAGAGAAACCUUCUUGGGAAGGAUAAAUAAUUGUUACAAGAGAUCCUUAGAAAGGAAGAUCCCUCCGAGCUGCAUGGUGGGUGGAAUGAAGGACUCACAGAGUAAGCAUGUUAUUCUGAGUGGAAGCACUGAAGUCAUAAGUAAUGAAGGUGGACGUUUCUGUUAUCCAGAGUUGUCUAGUGGGGAUGAGAGUGAGGAUGACACGUUUUUUGGCAGCAUGCAGGAAGAGCACGAGAGCUGGGAUGAAAGUGAUGAAGAGUUGUUAGCAAUGGAAAUCCGCAUGAGGGGCCAGCCUCGCUUUGCUAAUUUCAGAGCUAACACCCUGUCUCCUGUUCCGUUCUGUGUUGACAAAAAAUGGAAUACUGUGCCCCUUCGGAACAAGUCUCUGCAGCGGAUCUGUGCCGUGGACUAUGACGACAGUUAUGAUGAAAUUUUAAAUGGUUAUGGGGAAGAGACUGUGAUUCUUUAUGGGCAAGAGAGCAUGCAGAGCAUGGCAUCUUCUGAUUCUACAUCUCCUGAUUCUUCUUUGACAGAAGAGUCUCGUUCUGGGACAACCAGCAGUUCUUCCCAGAAGCUCUGUAAUGGAGGGUUAUCUCCUAGCACUCCUCAGGAACUCAAAGUGAUUGAACCAGAAUAUGAAAGUCUUUGUGACAAUCAACAAGUGAAGGACGUGCCAAAAGCACCCAGAACUGCUCUGAAAAGUCCGGAAACUCACAAGGCAGUCCUUGCGCUUCGCCUGGAGGAGAAGGAUGGCAAAAUUGCUGUGCAGACUGAUAUGCAGGAGAAUAAAAGUUCUUCAGAUGUUGCUGGUCAAGCUGUGACUAUUAAUUUGGUGCCUGUGGAGGAGCAAGCUAAACCUUACAGGGUGGUGAACAUGGAACAGCCAGUGUGCAAGCCAUACACCGUAGUGGAUGUAUCAGCUGCCAUGAGCAGUGAAUGUAAAGAGAACCAGACUGAAACCUCAGAAACCAAAAAGGCAUCAUCUAACCCAAGCUCACCAGUAACCCCAGGCACACCUAUUGCAUCCUCUGCAGCAUCACCUGUACGUGUACACGCCAACCUGAAAAAAUCCAGCGCAAUCAGAUACCAGGAAGUGUGGACUUCCAGCACUAGUCCAAGACAGAAGAUACCUAAGGUGGAACUGAUUGGAAACGGCUCAGGACCUUCCGUUCCUCCCAGGAAGACAAGCCACAAGUCAGCUCCUACUUCACCUACAGCUACAAACGUUUCUUCGAAAACCAUCCCGGUUAAGUCUCCCAAUUUGUCUGAGAUAAAAUUCAACAGUUACAACAAUGCUGGCAUGCCACCUUUCCCUAUUAUCAUUCAUGAUGAGCCCACUUAUGCUAAGAGCUCCAAAAAUGCUAUUAAAGUUCCCAUUGUAAUCAAUCCAAAUGCGUAUGAUAACUUGGCAAUCUAUAAAAGUUUUCUAGGGACAACUGGGGAGCUGUCUGUCAAAGAUAAAACUACAAGUGUGAUAAGCCAUACCUAUGAAGAAAUAGAAACUGAAAGUAAAGGCACUGAAGCCAUAGGCAGCAAAUCCACUGAGUUGCCCCAAGCAAAGGGGGCAGCCAGUAGCCCUGAGUGCAGGCUGGGCUCUGUGGCUCAGAAGGUCCAAGAGUUCAACAGCUGCCUCAGUAAAAGCCAGAUAUCCCCGCAGAGAAGUCACAGUGCUGACCACAGCUCCCCCUCCAGAGUUCAAAAGGCAAUGCAAGAGCCUGCGGCAAAGGCAGACGUGACCCCGGAGGGUUCUGUCGGCAGCAGCAGUGGCAGAGAGAACGCGAGCACGGUGCUCUCACAGAUUGUGGCCUCUAUCCAGCCUCCACAGUCUCCUCCAGAGACACCUCAGUCUGCUCCCAAGUCCUGCAGCGUAGAAGAACUGUAUUCCUUACCCCCUGAGGGAGAUGCUGGUAAAAACACCCUGGUACGACCCAAAUCUCUGUUUACAUCGCAGCCUGAAGUGGAGUCCUCCAAGAUGGAAAGCACUGCCAUUAAAGUGCAGAAGGAUCCGCUGUCACAGCCAGCUGCCACUCCCUCUCCAAAGGCAGCGCGAGCCACCCCGGGCGCCACCAGUCCCCAGGCAGAGCAGGCCCCGCCAUUCCCCCCUCCACGCUCCACCUCCUCUCCCUACCAUGCCAGUAACCUGCUGCAGAGGCAUUUCAGCAACUGGGCCAAGCCCAACAGCCCCCCCAGGUCCACAGAAGCCGAGUCCAUCCUGCACUCGGAGGGCCGGCGCCCCGACGCCAAACCCAAGCGCUGGAUCUCGUUCAAGAGCUUCUUCCGCCGCAGGAAAGCCGACGAUGAGGAGGAGAGGGAGAAGGACAGGGAGAAGGGGAAGCUGGUGGGUCUGGAUGGAACUGUGAUCCACAUGCUGCCCCCGCCCCCGGUGCAGCGGCACCACUGGUUCAGCGAGGCCAAGUCGGAGUCGAGCGAGAAGCCCUCGAUCGUGUUCAUGUACAGGUGUGACCCCGCACAGACCGAGCCCCGGGCUGAGCUCCCAGCCCAGCCUGGCCUGGACUCUGCCAUCGCAGAGGCACUGGCCAAGGACAAGGGGGAAACACAGGAAAAGCCUCCAGAGAGCUCAGAACAAAGCACAGCCAGCCACUCCUCACCACCUCAGGCUGCCAAGAAAAUCCCCAGCACACCAGAACACUGUGGAAUCAAUGGCUCGCCAGAGUUUCAAGACAUGAUUAAAAGACUCAAGAAGGCCCUGAAAGAAUUUCCUUUAAUGGGGAAUUGUGUGAGUGAGUACAGUGGUCAGGUGCCCGAGGAGCCGGCCCUGGAGGAGCUGUCCCCGCGUGUCCCCAGGGCGGUGUUUGUGAAGCAGGACAAUGGGGGCAGCGCCUCCGUCAUCCCCGCCUCAGCCUCCCGCGGCGCCCCGGGCCCGGAGGAGAAGGAAGCAGCUCCAAACUCUCCUGAUCUGAGCACCUGCAGCGCUACCUACAGCAACCUAGGGCAGUCCCGAGCAGCUAUGAUCCCUCCAAAACAGCCCAGGCAACCCAAAGGAGCUUUGGAUGAUGCCAUUGCCUUUGGAGGGCUGGCAGACCAGGAGACGGUGAACAACUUGCAGCCAACACCACCUCCACUGCCAAAGAAAACAAUUCUGAGAGCGAACACAGAGCCAACUCCCCGAGACCUCCAGAAGCAGGCUCUGGAGAACAACCUGUGCAUCAUGGCCAACCCCACCUAUGACAUUGACACCAACUGGGAAGCGAGCAGCGCCUGCUCCUCGGUCAGCCUGGAGCUCAAGGUCCUGGACAACGAGUCGGGAGAUUCCCUGGACAGGCCCUCAGAGAAGCUGAGAGCAGGCGCCUCGGCCACGAGCAGCGUUUCCAGCCUGGCCACGGGCAGCAUCAAGGAGCGCUGCUCCACCAGCAUGGAGUCGCUGAGCGGGCGGCGCCUGCCGCAGGCCAGGCAGGGCCGGGGCGUGCAGAAGCCGCAGAGACAGGCGCUGUACCGGGGCAUCGAGAACAGGGAUGAGGUGGUGGGCAAGAUCCGCGGCCUGCACGCCGACUCGCUCAAGAAGCUGGCACUGAAGUGCGAGGAUCUGUUCAUGGCGGGCCAGAAGGACCAGCUGCGCUUCGGCGUGGACAGCUGGUCGGAUUUCCGCCUCACCAGCGACAAGCCCUGCUGCGAGGCGGGCGAUGCCGUCUACUACCCUGCCUCCUACGCCAAGGACCCCCUCAACAACUACGCCGUCAAGAUCUGUAAGAGCAAGGCCAAGGAGUCCCAGCAGUAUUACCACAGCCUGUCCAUCCGGCAGAGCCUGGCUAUCAACUUCAACAUCCAGCAGGACUGCGGCCAUUUCCUGGCCGAGGUUCCCAUGCGCCUCCUUCCCUGGGAGGACGACGACGCAGCGGACGUGGAAGAAGAGCGGGAAGAAGAGGAGAAAGAGGCUGAGCAGAAGAGCAAGGACAGCGCCUGCAGCCCAGAGGGCUCGUGCAGGGACAGCCCCAGCAGGCAGGGCACCCUGAGCAAGCCGCGCAGCCGCGUGGUGGUGAUCACGCGCGAGGUGCCGCAGCUCACCGUGGCCGACUUCGUGCGCGACUCCGCGGCCCGGCACAGCAAGAGCCCCGACCUGUACGAGAGACAGGUGUGCCUGCUGCUCCUGCAGCUGUGCCUGGGCCUGGAGCACCUGAAGCCCUACCACAUCACCCACUGUGACCUGCGCCUGGAGAACCUGCUGCUGGUUCACUCCAGGCCGGGAGGCAGCCCCCUGAGCCCCGAGGCCACGGAGCCCAAUCCCAACACCGCCUGCCCGGCCAGAUUAAUUGUGAGCAACUUCUCGCAGGCCAAGCAGAAGAGUCACAUGGUGGACCCUGAGGUCCUGCGGGAUCAGUCCCGCCUGGCGCCAGAAAUCAUCACUGCAACGCAGUACAAGAAGUGUGAUGAGUUCCAGACUGGCAUCCUCAUCUAUGAAAUGCUGCACUUACCCAACCCCUUUGAUGAGAAUCCAGAGCUGAAAGAGAAGGAGUACACUUGUGCCGAUCUCCCCAAGAUUCCUUGCCGUUCCCUCUACUCGCAAGGGCUUCAACAACUUGCCAGCUGCCUGCUGAAUCCCAACCCUUCGGAGAGGAUCUUGAUAUCAGAAGCCAAAGGAAUCCUUCAGUGUCUGCUUUGGGGCCCACGUGAGGACUUGUUCCAUGCUCUCAGUACAUCUUCCAACCCCUCACGGAGAGACGCCAUACUUCAGAACUGGCUCGAUAUAAAAAGGACGCUGCUGAUGAUCAAGUUUGCAGAGAAGUCCUUGGAGAGGGACUGUGGAAUUAUUCUGGAAGACUGGCUUUGUUGUCAGUAUCUGGCUUUUGCCACUACAGACUCACUUCAUCGCAUUGUGAGACUCAUGAAGCAGCACUAGUUGUAGAGCCUGUUGCUUUUCGUGAAGCAUCCCCACCUCUGCCCAGCCCUCACUCCAGCCUGCACUAGGGCUCACACUUUGUACAGUGGUUACCCAACAGCCUAGACAAUGAAGCCAGCAACUCUGAGCAAAUAGGUUCUAAUUGGAGAAAUUGCAUCCUGUACCAAGUAUGACAGAAACUUUACUUUUUUGCCAGGCCUGCUAGGGAUUGAUCAUGUACACAACUGCAUUUGGAUCAGACAGUAUGUAACUUGAUUCAUAUCUGGCUGAAAAGGAGAGCAAGCUUUGAUACCACUAUUUCUACCACUACAGUAAACAAAUUGCCCUCCUCUUCUGGGUAGUUUCUGUCAUUUCCUACAUAGCAUUGAUUAGUGAAUAGCAGUGACCAUAAGCAGAGAUGGAUUAGUGGUGAAUGUGAGAUGAAUUAUCCACCAUGCCACAGAACACUCGUUUGCUUUCACUCCACGUACCACACAUUUCCUCUCAGUUUAGUCAGUCCCCCACAGCAGGCUGUGCUCCUCUUUCCUUUGGUCUCAACCAAACAGGUUCUGAUCUUUCUCUUACACUUUACACUACCUGUAUUUUCCUCCCCAGAUGUGGUUUUCCCACUGAGCAUGGCAAGUGUCAGUGAGCAGUAAGCACCUGUGUUCAGUCCUCUUCCCUCCUCCUCUGCCUCAUUGCCUACCCAUAUCCUUUCUAACCAUUCACAAUUUCAUCAAUGCUGCCUUAAUCACACCAUUACCCUUAGCUUGAGACCUGUGCAUUAAAA